AUGGUUGUCUUCUUUUCUUGCCACCUCCCUGAAACAGUCAUUUUGAACAGAAAGAGAAAGAGAAAGAAGAAGAGGAAGAGAAAGCGGGAAGAGCCCAUUCAACUCCCAACACCUCGGUUGUUGCGUGCCAGUCGAGUCUUUGUUCUCUUUUUUAUUCUUGAAACUCGAGUCAAUAUGUCUAACAGGUCGAAUCGACGGCAAAAUGGCAAUCAGAUAAGAGGGCCACAUUCAGCUCUCACUGACUUUCUGGCGAUUCGACACCACUUCUGGAAGUCAAACCACAUUUCUGCAGCCCAGAUUCAGAAUGAUUAUCAAGAGCGUUUGCGUCAGGUAGAACGUGAAGUCGAACGAGAGCAUAGAGAAAAUAGCCAAGCCGACGAACAAUAUGAGGAUGAGAAUGCCGGCGAGUCGCCCGAGGAAAAAAAGAAGAGAAAACGAAAAGAGACUGCUACCUUGGCCAAGAUCAAGCAGAGCAAAGAGUUUGCCCGUCGCAAAGCUGCCCGCAAGGGUGAUGCCUCCGAUGACGAUGAAAUAGCUCGCGACAUGAUGUAUCAAAAGUCACGGCCGGUACCGGGACAGUUGGACAACUGCGAAAUUUGCGAAAAAAGAUUCACUGUCACUCCCUACAGCAAGACUGGUCCGGACGGUGGCCUCCUUUGUGCUAAGUGCUCCAAAGACCUGGCCAAGGACGAGAAGAAGGCAAAACCGAAGAAGACUACGCCUAAGACUGGUCGUCGUCAGAACCAAAGCAAGUUACUGGAUGGCGUUGCUCAGCGAGGCGCUUCAAGUUUGGUAGAAAUGUGUACGAAGAAAGUUGCGGAUAACAUCAACGACGUGGAAGAAUUCGGUGACUUGCCUCCACAGCUGCUUCAUCGCUUGAGUCAGAUUCUAUCCAAGAGACGAGUGCUCACUCCUCGAACACUUCAACUCUUUCUACGUUCAGAGUUUGAUGCAAUCAAUAUCUACGAUUGUGGGAAACUUGAGACGGAUGAUUUUGAAAAGAUCUUUGCAUUUAUGCCGCAUCUUGUGCAUGUCAACCUGCGCUUUGCAGGCCAAAUGAAAGACAAAGUCGUUGAGUAUAUGAUGGACCGUCAGCUCAAGAUCAAGCAUCUGCAGCUUGAUGCGGCUAAUCUUGUCUCCGAUGGUUGCUGGCGACAGCUUUUUAUGAAACUCGGCUCUCAAUUGGAAGGAUUGAAACUCUCGAACCUCGACUCUUCUUUCGAUGACGAGACUGUCAUAACCCUCAGCAAACAGUGUCCAAACCUUCGUCGGUUGAAGUUGAAUCAUUGCUGGAAAAUUGGAGACGAAGCACUUGUUUCCUUGGGAAACCUGUCCAACCUUGAGCAUCUCUCGAUCAAUUUACUGCGAGAUGUACAACAGGCGAAUGUUGUCAAUCUUGUUGAUAAACUCGGACCCAAACUGCGCACUUUUUCUCUACAAGGCUUUCACGAUUGUGACGAUAAGCUACUAGACACAAUACAUACGCGCUGUUCUCGGCUUGAGAAGUUGCGAUUAUCUGAUAAUGCGAUCUGUACCGACAAGGGGUAUGUGAAUCUCUUUAUAGGAUGGUCAAAUCCGCCUCUAAAGUUUGUUGACUUGUCGUCCACUCGCGAUGUCGACAACUCUAAUCCGGAUGGCCCAGAGGAACCUGUUGGUCUUGCGUCAAAUGGCUUCAUCGCUUUGAUGGACCAUUCAGGCUCGAAGCUAGAGAAAUUGAAUAUCAGUUCCUGCCGGCAUAUUUCUCGUGAUGCCUUUGAGAAGGUGUUUGCUGACGAUCGGACUUAUCCAGCGCUCAGGGAAUUUGAUAUUUCCUUCCACACGGUCAUGAACGAUUUUAUUGUAGCAUCAAUCUUUAAAUGCUGUCCUGCCUUGCGGAAACUAACGGCAUUUGCUUGUUUCAAUGUCGUCAAUGUCCACGUUCCAGCAGGAGUGGCGUUGAUUGGUGGUCUUCGAGCUCGAGACUCGAUUAUAGUUGAAGGAGAUUUCUAA